GCGUGCGGAGUAGAAACCACCAUUCUGGUAUAGAAUGAGAGAGCAUCCUGGUACUUCCCACUUACUCCUCAUUACCGGACCUGGCUCUCGGUAACACACAUUCACAUCAUAUGCUUCGCUUAUAUCACAAGCCAUCGUCAAGUCGCGGGCGACAAGAAAAUACCUUACGAUACCGCAAUACCCGUUAAGAUGAGUGUGACCAAAGCAUCAGCAGCAGAAGCCGAAUAUGCCACUCCGUCGCCGAAUCCCCAUCAAGAAGGGCACGAUGGCAAUGGCAGCAAAGACAUCGCAGCCUCGUUCCUCGCCAAAAAUGUUGCGGGCCAGAGGGUAUCUGUAACUCCUGCCGAGUCGGCGCGAGUCCUACGGCGCAUCGACACCGUCAUACUACCUAUCAUGCUGACAGUCUACUUCUUGCAAGGCCUCGACAAGACAACGCUCGCAUACGCUUCAGUAUUCGGGCUGAUUGAGGACACCAAACUUGUGGGCAACCAGUACAGUUGGCUGGGCAGCAUCGUAUACCUAGCGCAACUUGCCAUGCAGCCACCGCUGGCGUGGUUACUCGUGCGCCUACCUAUCGCCAAGUUCACGAGCGCUAUGGUGCUCCUAUGGGGUGUAUCUCUCACGUGCAUGGCAGCUGCGCAUAACUUUGGCGGCCUGCUAGCCACGCGUUUCUUCCUGGGCGUGUUUGAGGCGAGUGUUGCACCUAGCUUCGUUGCGAUCACGCAGAUGUGGUGGAGGAGACGAGAGCAGACUGUUAGAACUAGUUAUUGGUAUGCUAUGAAUGGAUUUACGAAUAUGUUCGGCAGUUUAAUCACCUACGGCCUGGGCCACAUAUCAUCGCAACUACAUUCCUACCAGAUCAUAUUCCUGUUUUUUGGAAUUAUCACGGUUGCAUUUAGCUUUGUCAUGUUGGCCUUUAUGCCAGACUCGCCGGUAGAAGCAAAGUUUUUAAGCGACGACGACAAGCUAAUAGCUGUUGAGCGGUUGCGCAUGAACCAAAUGGGAGUGGUAUCACGCGAGUGGAGAAACGAUCAUCUUAAGGAAGCUCUACUGGACCCUAAGUCGUGGCUCUGGUUCGCGCUGUUAUUCUCAAUCAGUAUUCCGUCCGGUGGGAUUUCAACAUUCGGACCGCUGAUCAUAAAGACUUUUGGAUUCGAUUCAUUCGGGACUAUCCUCUUCAACAUCCCUUUUGGGUUCGUACAGCUAGUCGCGACUGUUGGCGGGGCUUUCGUGGCUCAGAAAAUCAAGAUGAAGGGACCUGUUAUCGCCGCGCUUUGCCUACCCCCUAUAGCCGGCUGUGUGAUGCUUAUGGUACUUCCUAGAGAUGCUUCUCACCGAGCAUCCCUUUUAGUUGGAUACUAUCUCAUAUCUGUUUAUCCGGGAAUCACCCCGCUCAUUUACUCCUGGGCAUCGCAAAACACGGCUGGAGAUACGAAAAAGAAGUGUACCAAUGCCAUACUUCUCAUCGGCCAAUCUGUGGGAAAUGUGAUCGGUCCGAUGUUAUACACACAGACAGAAGCGCCAGGUUAUACCAAGGGCUUACGUUCGAACCUAGCGCUCUAUAUUGUAAUCAUCGUACUGGUUGGGAUAACCAGUUCAUACCUCAAGGUUCUCAAUGCGGCACAUGCUAAGAGACGGGUCGCUAUGGGUAAGAGUGCUGUUAUUGUUGAUACCAGCCUAGAUUCUGCAGAGGAGGUAGCAGCGCAACAAAUCCGCGAUGAUGCGGAUAAGAACGCUAAGAACGCCGAGGAAGGUGAUGUCGCUGCCGCUUCUACUGAAGUAGAAAGGCCUGGUGAGAGAGCAUUUGAGAACCUGACUGACCUCCAGAACGAGGAAUUUGUCUUUGUCUUCUAAGCUCCUAGGAGUAUUUUAAUACUUUGUUGAAGGGACAUUUAUGAUAUUCCGAGUAUUAGACACAAAAGUACGCCCAAGUUGAAUAAUUCUAUUAUUCCCUAGAUGGAAUUGGGAAAAUAUUAUAUAGUACAUUCUCGUAAAGUAGAUAAAUUUUCGUUUCUCGCUUGUACUAUAGUAUUAACAGGUAUAAGCUUAUAGAGCUUCCAAGAUUGCGACCAACCCUAUUUUUAUACCUACC